AUGAUUGAAGAUGAGGACAUAUAUAACUAUUAGAAUGAUUCAGGCGAAAUCAACGAAGUAAGUUCUUAAUAAGAAAACUCAAAAGAAGAGUAUAAACCUUGUCUAAUAAUUCUAGUAUGGUGGAGAUCUUGGAGAUGAAGGAUGUCAUGAAAACGAUAAUGAAUGAAGUGCAAGAACUCUCAGAGAUUCUUUACUUCGAUGAAGACAACACUUUCGAGGUAAUUGAUCCUUAUUAUGAAGUUGCUCAUGUACUACAAUUGGAAUAAAGAUGAAAUCUUUCACAAAUAUGACUCUACUUAGUUGGCUGAAUUCAAAACUAAUGGAGUUAUUAACGAUCACUAACAAGUUAUUUAUAAUGGCCUUAAGGGAAGUUGCUCAGUUUGUUUAUGCGAAGAUUAAUUAAUUCUAUUGGGAUGUAAGCAUAUGUUUUGUGAAUCUUGCAUAAAACAGACUAUAGUGCAGAGAGUAUAAAAAGAUAAGUUCCUCUUUGUUAGGUGUUUAUUUUAUGGGUGUAAUUACAGACUACCUUUCUCAAUGAUUAGAAAAUUCUCAAAUAAAAUGGAAUUAGAAGAUCUACUCUGUCGAAAUUUGUAGAAUGCUCAAGAUAUAUGGCAUACUGUCCUGCUGUUAAUUGCAACAAAAUUAUAAAACCUAAAUUCACAUCAGCAAGAGAAGUGACUUGCCUCUGUUAAACGAAGUUCUGUUUCUAUUGUAAAGAGGAACUACAUCCCCCAUGUCCUUGUGAUUUAGUCAAAAAAUGGCUUUCAGAACUCUAAAAAGACUAAGCCAAUUUUGAGUGGAUUAGACUGAAUACAAAAUAAUGUCCUUUUUGCAAAAAAGAUGUUGAAAGAUCUUUUGGGUGCAAUUACAUGUCUUGUAAACCUCCAGGAGGAUGCGGAAAUGCUUUUUGUUAUGUUUGUUCUUAGCCUUGGAAACCAUAUCACAAAGAUCAUUAUAAGUGCAACUAGUAUGUACCACCCACAGACAAUACAAAGUAAGAGAAAGAUUCAAUCGAAAGAUGUAAUUUCUAUUAGAAAAGAUAUCUAAUUUCAGAAGCUGCAGGAUAAAAAGCCCAGGAGUCAUUGAAAAAAAUUAGAGAUGAAUACAUUGACAAAAUAUUUAUGUAUUUAGGCUUCGAUAUGAAUGACACUAAAUUCUUGGAAGAAGUCAUGGCAGAACUAAUCUAAUCUAGAGUCACAUUAAAAUGGUAUACGUGAUAUUAUUACUGUGCAGGUCUUAUUGUUUGUGCUACUAUAUUUCUCAUAAUAACCAAUACUCAUCCUAGUUGUUAGAUCAUUAUCAGAAGCUCUUUGAACAUGCCUGUGAAUAAUUGGCUAUCUCAUUGAUGAAACUGUUUAAUCAAAUUGAAAAACUAAAUGUAGAAAUACUUACUACACCCAUACACGAUUUAAAAAAAUAGUUUAUGAAAAUUAAGGACACAAUUCAAAAUGCCUCAUAAAAAUGCUAAAAAAUGAGAAUAAAUCUAGAAUUAGUCGUCUAUUAAGGAGAUGUUUUUGUGUGA